GAAUUCCGCAAAUUCCCAUCUGAACGGACUUUCUACGUCGAAAACCUGUGGCCAGGGGCUCCGAGCGUGUUUCUGUCGUGCUGGACGACUCGCUCGCGCGUUAGGGCCGACGGUGGCAUUGCUAAGAAAGACAAGAGUUUGCCCUUUUCUUUUCGGGUUUGCGGAGAAGUCUUUGUCAGUAUCUUCCCCCGAAUUCCCGAGAGCCCGUUUCGCCGAAUCGCCUUCGAGAUAAGACAAGAGACAGACACUUUCGCCGGCGACCGUGCGAGAAACCUCCAUCCUGCAGCCCGCAGUGUUCCACACUUUUCCUCGGGAGGUCUACAGUUCACGUCUCUAGCGAUUUUUUCCGGAACCCGUCCUUUCGGGGAUGCCAAGUCUCUCCCGCCUCCUCGCCUUUGUGUCUUGAGCCACGUGUCAACUCUAAAAACGCGUUUUCCUCCGAAAUCUUCGGCAGAUGGACGGCAAACGCGAGGACGUCUCGGCGCGGCCGCCGGCCGUCUCGGCCCCUGGCGACGGGGAGAAGUCCAUGACAAACGGCGUCAAAGUCGAGUCUCAAAUGUAUCAACAGUUGAGGAAACUCAUUAACGUCGUGGACGAACUCCGAGAUGUCGGUCUUCAGCAGUUUAUCCAGUUGCCGAGAAUCUGCGUCGUGGGGACACAGUCCGCAGGCAAAAGCUCCGUUUUGGAAGCCAUCGUCGGCUUGGACUUCCUGCCUCGCGGCGAUGGAGUGGUUACGCGACGCCCUCUCGAACUGCGCCUUGUUCAUCUCUCUGAGGCGGAGCAUGACUUGAAUGAAGCCUACGCGGUCUUCGAAAAUGACAAGGAGAGGAAGAUUCGCGACUUCGAACAAGUGCGCCAAGAAAUCGACCGCCUGACAGACCAAGUGGCUGGCAAGAACAAGGGAAUCAUCGACAGUCCUAUUGUCCUCACGAUCUACGCGACCCAGUGCCCAGAUCUGUCGCUGAUCGAUCUCCCGGGAAUCACACGAGUUCCACUAAAGGGCUCUGACCAGUGUGAAGACAUUGAGAUGCUCACUCGACAAAUGGCGCUGCGGUACGCGUCGGAUCCCCGAACGAUCAUUCUCGCUGUUAUUCCAGCGAAUGUUGACAUGUCUACCUCGGACGCGCUUCAGAUGUCUCGCCGCGUGGAUCCUCGCGGAGUGAGGACGAUUGGAGUCAUCACGAAAAUCGAUUUGAUGGACAGAGGAACAGAUGCAGCGAAGAUGCUCAUGGGCGAAGAAAUUCCCCUGCGACUCGGAUACACAGGAGUACGGAACAGGUCGCAGGCAGACAUCCGCGAGGGCAAGUCUGUGCGCGAGUGCCUGGAAGAAGAGAAGACUUUUUUCGCGACGCAUCCGACUUACAGGUUGCUGCCACCGCACCUUGUGGGUGUGCACUCUCUCGUGGACAAGUUGACCAAGGUUCUGUUCCGGCACAUCAAGAACUUUCUGCCGGAAAUCAAACGCGAAAUUUCCAGCAAAACUCGCGUCGUCCUCGACCGACUGCAGGAACUCGGCGAGGGAGUGCCGAUGGAACCGUCUGAGCGAGCCCAGCUGCUGUGGACGGCAAUUACAGACUACGUCGAAAUUUUUAAGAACACAAUCCGAGGCAAAUACGACAAACGCCUUCAGAUGUACUUCGAACAUCAGAAGGACAUCACUGGAGGCAGUCAGAUUCGCACGAUUUUCAAUGAGCUUCUCGAGGAGUUCAACGACAGGAAAGUGACAGAGGACAUCAGCGACUACGAAAUCGACGUAGCCAUUCGCCUGCAUGAAGGAGACUCCCUUCCCGGAUUUCCUUCUCCUGACACUUUCGAGUAUUUGAUUCUUCCGUAUUUGAAGCGCAUUCAGGCUCCCGUGAUUGAAUGUCUUGAUCGCGUAUCGCAGACCUUGGAGCUCUUGAGUCAGAAGAUCGCGAACCGGGUGUUCGGGCGGUUCCCUGCGUUGGCGGAAAAGGUUCUCGAGCUGUCACAGGAGAUUUUGAUUCGCGAGCGGGAUCACACGAAGGUGAUUCUGCAGCAGAUCGUGGACGCGGAGACCGGCUACUUGUUCACCAAUGACGCCAAGUACCUCUCUGAGCAUGGCAGCAUGAUCAGCCAAGAGUCUCCAGACGUCGCGCAGGGUGCGUUUCCGCAGCAGGGACAGGGACAGGUUCAGCUCUACGGCGCCGACGGACGCCCUGUGCAGCUCGGCCCAGACGGGAAGCCAGUGCCCCCGCCGACGCAUGCAGAGCGCGCGCAGCAAAUGCUCUCCAGCAUGCAGCAGAGCGUCACCACCAUUUGGUCUCAGAACUCCAGAGAAAAGAAGAAAACUGUCUACAGCGAGCAAUUCAUUCGCGAAAUCCGCCGCCGCCUCGAUUCCUACUUCGCUCUCGUUCUCCGCAACGUCCGGGACUCCGUACCGAAGACGAUCGGCUUCUUCCUGGUGCGCCAGCUGCAAGAGAAACUCCAGUUUGAACUGUACAAUCAGCUGAACGACGAGACUCAGUUCUCUGCUCUUUUGGGCGAGCCGCCUCACAUCAUGGAGGAGCGUCGGGCGCUGAUGUCUCAGCUGCAGACCUUGAAGCGCGCGUCCGCAGUGCUCCAGCGCGAUCCGACGAUUGCGGCACUGAACUUGGACACUGUAGACGAGAACUUCGACCGAGACUUGCGAGAGCUGCAGAGAGACGCAGGCACGAGGGCGCUGCCGAAUCUCCAGUCUUUCUCGAGUUUCGGAAGUGGAGAAGGUCGAGGGCAGCCGAUCGCGGGCGGCAUGCAGAGACCAGACGCGCACAGCGCCUACCUGGGAGGUUCGCAAAGAGCCAACGGGGUCGCAGCCUCCGCAGCGGCUCCGACAACUCCGGGGCAGAACGUGAGUGACCCUGGAAGCUUCUCGCCGGCGACGGGCGGCUUGGUGGCAGCAGGAUCCCUUCCGGACAAGGCUCGCGCGCUUUCGUCUUCAGGCGUUUUUGAUUCAAAAGGUGCCUCGGCGUCUGCAGCCAAGCAUGUCUUUGAGAAAGUCAAAUUCCAGGCCGCGAACAAUCCGCUGUUCAGCGACUAAGAGAGUUUCUCUCAUUUUUUCGACACCCAGCCCUCCUGUUGUCGAGAGCCACUUCGUUCGGUGGCAUGCAUGCGAGAAGAAAAACGUAUUUGCGAAAAAAACUUGAACGCGGGACUGUAGGCGCCUAAUGCGUUCCCGGUAGAGCGGGAGUGCCUGGCAGUUCAGCCGGGGUAUGUGAAAAGCAUUUUCUGUUGCCUCUAUCUUUUUUUUCUUGCCUGCGUCUUCUUUUUAGAGCAACAACUGGCGAUUCGAGAAGUCUUGGUUUCUCAGCUCAAACACCGAGUGAAAACUGUCUAGGAAAAGCGAGUGGACCUGUGGAAACCCAGUUAUUCAGAAAUGUGAAGUUCGUUUUGAGUCCUCCGAGAGAUGCUACGUGUCACUUUUUGGCUGCAAAAAGAUGUGCGGAAACCUUCAAACGGAGAUCCUGUUCGGUUUUUUUUCUGUCCUUUCUCACGGUUGAAACCCCACACGCAUCUCUGUUCGGGACAGGCCGCAGAAAUCCACACUGAACUACAUGUUUCCAGCUGCUCUGGAUGCAGACACAUUUGUUUAUGCGUGAUGCUAACUGUAUGUACACCCGACUCCACUGUGCACACUUCAGUAAAGUGCGGUUCUCAGUUUUGAGACUUCCUCCUCGAAGCGCUCGCGAAAAAUGUCUCUGUCGGGAUCCUUUCGCACCGUCAAAGUCAGCAUUUAGUUCCUGUUCCGAAACGAAGUCGGCGUCGACUCAGCGAAGCGCCUGGCGCGCCAACACUCCAGUGUACGUACACUUGAAAAAAUCAUCGCAGUGCAGCGACAAUCGUCGGAGAGAAAUCGUGACGGCAUGGCCUCUCUCGCGAGGCUGCAAGCGUGUAAAGAGUGGACUACAGAGUCCCCGAGUCCUGUAAUCUACCC